AUGAAUCCACUUAAUAUAUAAAGUGAAAAUAAAGACUCAGAAGUAAAAGAAGACGAAGGGGUUUAGAAUGAGUAGGAAGAGCCUAGGACAUUCACUAAUUUAAGUAUUGAGGACAAGAUCAAGUAAAAGAAGAUCAAUGAUGAUCAUCUUGAGAGAAAUAAAAAGAGAUUAAUUAGAUAAUUUACAAUUCUAUUCAUUAUCACCCUAUUCAUUAUAUUAGAAAGAAUUCUAUAUUCAAUUAUCAUAGGGGUUGAGAAUGAGCUUUUGAGUGAUUUCCAGAACCUAUUCAACUUAAGAAAAUCAAAAUUGACUGAGUUUGAUGAAAUGGAUUAUUUUAAUGAUAAUUUUUUAUUUGAUAUGGCAGGGAGUGUACAUAGAAAUGGUAUCUCUAUUAUGAUAUUCACAAAUUACUUUAUUACCUUAUAUGUUGGAUUUGAUGCAUUGAUCGCUGUUAAAAUAUUGUAUACAUCUUUUUUGAGCGUGUUUUUGGUAGCAUUCUUAUAAUUGAUAUAUUCAGAUCCGAGACCAUUUUGGGUGGAUGAGAAGUUAGUGACUUCACUUUGUAUACCAAGUUAUGGAAAUCCAUCAUCAUUUGUUUGCCAAUUGGCAUUCACUUUGUUUUAUACCGUAUAUUGUUACAAGACUAAGAAUCAUACAAGGUCAUUUAAGACUUAUGAUGAGAAGAUCGAUAGAAAAGUAAAAAUAGUUUAACUCUGCAUAUCACUCUUUAUUUUUCUGUAUUCUAUAUUGUUAUUUUUAAUGGCUUUAUAAUAUUUGAUAAAUAUGAUAUUAGGUUUGAUUUAUUGUUUUGUAUUUUAUGCAUUUUAUGUGACCUUUGAGAAUUAGAUCAACAAUAUAAUAAAGCAUUCCACCAUAAUGAACAUAGAUUCAAAGCGAUAUGUAUUUUACAUAUCCUUCUUCCUGUUGAUAACGGAAACGAUAGCAGCCAUGUUGAUAUCCAACGAGUAUGAAUUGGUCAACAUAGAAUGGGCCAAUAAUUUUAUGAAUUGUCUCUACAUGACAGAUAUCAAUGCAAUGAAAAUACCUGCGUAAUUGUUGAUGGGACCUCACUUUACAUUCUAAAAAACGAGUGUGAUCUUUGCUUUGAUUGGCGCUUUGUUUGGAGUUUCACAUUGCUUUAGACACAUAAAUUCACUGGAAUGGUACAAGGGAGAUAAGAGAAGAAGAGUUCUAAGAAUAAUAGUGGCUAACUUUUUUACGAUCCCAGGGUGGAUUUUUGCAUUGAAUGUGGAAUCGAUUGCUUUGAAUAGUCGAAUGUAUGAAUGGGGAGCCUCGUUCUUUUUGAUGGAGAGUGUGGCGUUUUUGUUGUUCUAUUUCUUUAUGUUCGCUAUGAUCCCAUUGUAUGUGUUCAAAUAUUUACAUUUGAAUGCUUCUAGUUCAUCAUCGUAUGUGGUGGUUAAAUUAUCUGAUGAUGAUUGA